AUCGACACGCCGCAACAUCUGAGAGCUGAGAGGUGAUCCUUAUUAUUUCAUGCAUUUCCUUUGCCGCUUAUCCUCAUGAGGGUGGCGAGGAGUGCUGGAGCCUAUCCCAGCUGUCAACGGGCAGGAGGUGGGGUACACCCUGAACCGGUUGCCAGCCAAUCGCAGGGCACGUAGAGACAAGUAGCCGCACUCACAAUCACAGCUAGAGGCAAUUUAUAGUGUGAACUUAAUGUUGCAUGUUUUUGGGAUGUGGGAGGAAACCGGAGUGCACGGAGAAAACCCAAGCAGGCACGGGGAGAACAUGCAAACUCCACACGGGAUCGUACCCGGAACUCAGAACUGUGAGGCCAACGGUUUACCAGCUGAUCCACCGUUCCCCCUUAUUAUUCAAAUUUUGAAAACAGAUUUUUUUUACAGUUGGCAAUUAAAAAUAAUAAUUUGAAUUUGGUAGGCUUUUUUUUAAUUAAAAAUCUCUUCUAUGUGGUGUGUUGAAUUUACUUGGGAUUUUGGAGGGACAAUUUAGCGUAAUGUACAAAGUAAAAUUCUUUUUUUGUUGUUGUUGACAAAACGUUGGCAUUGUUCCAUUCGAUUCUCUCACGGCAACAAUCCACACGGGCGGGGUUAGGCGUUUCCGUUUAUCUCUCUCCACCCUCCCCGGCUUCCCCAGCAAAAUCAUCGCCGCUUUUAACAAAAUCAUUGUAUGGUUCAUGCCGCCAUACAUUAUUGCAUUGAGAGUCAGAGAUAAACAUUGAUAUCUUGACUCGCCGCUCUCCCGGUGUGACUCGGAGAGCUUUCGCCAACGCCAUCUGCGUUGCGCCAUUUUGAACAUGUAAUGUGAGGAGAGGUAGGGACGAGGGAAUUCUUCAAGCAGAGUGCAAAGUCUCAACACUAACACUUGUGCCGAUGAUACGUUGUUAACAUUAGUUAUUAGGAAAGAUUAGUGUUGGAAACAGUUGUGCCAGAGGCGUGUAUGCUUAUCUUGGGAAGAAAAAAAACUUGAAUAUUGGCAGCAGCACCGAGUGUCGGCUUCAUUCCUCCACAUCCAGCGGGGUCAGCAGCAGUGCUCGGUUCGAGGGGCCCGAGCCCGCUUCAGAGACGCCGUCUCCACCUGCGUGGCUCACUAUGGCAGGAGUCGGCGAUGAGAGCGACCAGGUGCAGUGGUGCUUCUCCCAAGUCAAAGGAGCCGUAGAUGACGACGUCGCCGAAGCUGACAUCAUAUCCACUGUUGAGUUCAACCACUGUGGGGAGCUGCUCGCCACUGGAGACAAAGGAGGUCGCGUCGUCAUAUUUCAACAGGAGCCAGAGAGUAAGAAUCACCCCCUGUGCCGUGGCGAAUACAACGUUUACAGCACUUUUCAGAGCCACGAACCCGAGUUUGACUACCUGAAGAGCCUCGAGAUCGAGGAGAAGAUCAACAAGAUUCGAUGGUUGCCCCAGAAGAAUGCCGCUCAUUUCCUUUUAUCCACGAAUGAUAAAACUAUAAAGCUGUGGAAAAUAAGCGAACGAGACAAGCGACCAGAAGGUUACAAUUUAAAAGAAGAUGACGGUCGAUAUAGAGAUCCAAAUACAGUUACAACUCUACGGGUCCCAAUAUUCAGGCCCAUGGACUUGAUGGUGGAGGCCAGCCCCCGGCGAGUGUUUGCCAACGCUCACACGUACCACAUCAAUUCCAUCUCGGUCAACAGCGACUGCGAGACCUACCUGUCCUCGGAUGACCUCCGCAUCAACCUGUGGCACUUGGAGAUCACCGACCGCAGCUUUAACAUUGUUGACAUCAAGCCAGCUAACAUGGAGGAGUUGACCGAGGUGAUCACUGCGUCCGAGUUUCAUCCUAACCAGUGCAACACGUUUGUGUACAGUAGCAGCAAAGGAGCCGUCCGCCUGUGCGACAUGAGGGCGUCGGCACUGUGUGACAACCAUGCCAAAUUGUUUGAAGAGCCAGAGGAUCCAAACAGUCGUUCGUUUUUCUCAGAAAUAACAUCAUCCGUCUCUGAUGUGAAGUUCAGCCACAGUGGGCGCUACAUGAUGACCCGCGACUACCUGUCCAUGAAAAUCUGGGACCUCAAUAUGGAGACUCGCCCAGUGGAGACUUACCAGGUCCAUGAAUAUCUCAGGAGCAAGUUGUGUUCACUCUAUGAGAACGACUGCAUCUUUGACAAAUUUGAGUGCUGUUGGAAUGGGAACGACAGCGUGGUCAUGACGGGCUCCUACAAUAACUUCUUCCGGAUGUUCGACCGAGGCUACGGGCAGGACGUGACCCUGGAGGCGUCAAGGGAGAACAGCAAGCCGCACUCCGUCCUGAAACCCCGCAAAGUAAGCUCGGGUGGGAAGCGCAAAAAGGAUGAGAUCAGUGUGGACAGUUUGGACUUUAACAAGAAGAUCCUGCACACUGCCUGGCAUCCCAUGGACAACAUUAUCGCUGUGGCCACCACCAAUAACCUUUACAUAUUUCAGGACAAACUAUACUAGCAUUUGUUGAGCUCCGUUCCAGGCACAACAUCUGUCUCGAUGCUCUCAAGUCAGGUUCAGACCUUGGGUAUGACCGAUCGUCACAAGCCCAUUUUUCAUAUGGAAUACAAAAUGAACAUCCAGGCCUUGUUGAGCUAAUUACUAUAAAAACUUUGGAAUUCAGUGGAUUUUUUUUUCCCCACCAAUAGAAGCACUUUUUCAUCCAGCUAUUGGUUAGAAACCCGCUACAUCCCAGACCAAAUCAAAGAGUUUGAAAAUGAGAAAGUGUGUUAAGGCCAUUGGGGAUUAUUAAUUGUACAUUUUUCGUUGCUAAAACAUAUUAGUUUUAGCAGGAAAAUGUCUUUAAUUGUAGACUCUUUUGCACUGGCAUGAAACACUGCUGAUACAUGUACUCGACAGUCCGUAUUUGCCCCCACAUAUUUGGCAUCUUGCCAAAGUCAGUCAACACUCCUAGUUGUUUUUUUUUUUUUUUGGGGGGGGGGUAACGGGCCAGAUUAGGAUUACUCCUGUUCAGGUUAUUCUUGACUACUUUUUUUUUUCCUGAUAGAUAACAAUAUGUAUCGUUUACACAUAUUUUCCUGAGCAGUGAGGAUGUCAAGUAGCGCUUGAAAAUGGCUUCUACCACAUUGGUCUUCUGAGUCACUUACUUUUGGCUUGCUAUGCACUUGCGGGGGAGGAGGGGGGUACUUUACCUGGUUAGUUCCAUUUGACAUAACCUGGUCACAUUUUCAAAAUACGCAGCUGAUAAAUGUGUUUUCAUUGGCAGCAUCAUUCACAGAUAUUUAAAUAGUGUACGUAAAAUGGUGAGGAAUAGUACAGAUGCAAUUCUUUUAAUAUCGUCAACAGUCUUUUGACAUGGGUUUAAGAAUUCUAUGCACACAUGAGGCAUAUAUCAAAGUUGGGGAAAAUGAAUCAUGCCAAAGAAAUCGUGUAAAUUAUAAUCCGUUAAUGGAAAUUAAUCAAACCUUGCCAAUGAGAGCGGAGCAACAAGAGCAGCUCAGGCUGAAAGGCUGGUAAUUGUGUCCGUAGCGCGGCGCAAAUAUUUUGUGAUGUGAUGCCGAAGUUGCAUGCUGCUGCCAGUCUCUGCAUAACAAAAAACAAACAAAAAAAAAAAACAGGAUUGUUUUAUUUUUAUGAAAUUUUAUACUGUACCUCUGAGAGAAAUAUACUCACUUAAUGUGAUUUAUUUUUGUAUAAAUUAAGGCAAUGGUUAGUCUCGUCACUGAUGUUUCAAGUUGUGUUUGAUGGAAGGCUGCAUGACAGCCUACAGACAUAAAAUUCAACCGGAGCAUUUGUUGAAAAAUCUUUGAUGUCGAGCCAGGAGAAGCGUGGUUUUCCGAUGUUGGCAGAUAUUUUUUUUUCAACAGUUAACUGGCUUAGGUUUUUGUUUUGAAUCAUAUUUGUGAAGCAUAGCCAGUAUCUGGUCUGAAAGGGGCAAAAUGCAUUUUUCAGCAUUUUUUUUUUUCUUUUUCCCAAAGCCAGCCAAGAGACUUUUGCCUUAUUUUCUUCAAAAGGGAACUGUUCUGUAAGAUUUUAAAAACAUAUAUUUUAUUAUUUAAUGGGAGACUUUUUGAGCACUUGGUUUGCAGAUUGUUUUGUGUCCUUGAAGAAAUUACAGAAAUUUUGAACUGCUCCUUUAUGCUACGCCUUUCCUCUGUCACAAGUUACCAAUCUUGUGGAACAAACGGAUUGUGGUUUCCUUUUUUUUUUUUUUAAUGUAGUCCUGUUUUUAUUUUUUUUUUUUAAGUCUAAGUCGACAUAUGUCCAAUUUACAAAUCAAUUUUUACAAAGACUGGAAUGCCAACAACAUACGGUAGCGAGAUGUCAUUUGCUCAGGGCAGUGCUUGAUACCGACCGUUCAGUAAAGGUGCAUUUUUAUAAUAAUCAUGAGGACUAGUGGCCGUUCUAGGCAAUCCUAAAUUAUCAUAGUUUUCUCCCCCUUUGGAUUUGUGUCAGAACCAAAGGCAGCCUGAUUCUGCUAAUUUGGAGGAUAUCUGCGUAAACGUGGCAGACGGUGCGUUUAAAGAUUCUUGCAACGGCCUUAAACCACGCACAAUCGGAGGUUGUGUAGCUCGAGCGCCAACAGUCACCAAACGGUGGCAACUGUGUGGAAAAACAUCGCUGCCAAUUUAUUUAUACCUUUUUUUAAGUAUUAAGAAUAACGAUAAUCUGCCAAAUUAAUUUCUUGUAAGCGUGCCAGACAGGAGAUACUCAGGGGAAUUCACCAGUGCUCGAUGUCCAAAAAUUUUGUACCUUCAAGAAAGCAGGUUGUCAGUACUCAAUAUUUUUUUUUUUUAAAUGCCUUAAUCAUAAGCCUACGGAAUGUGAUUGUUACAGCAAAUUAUGAACCUGUGAUGAAGUACAAGACUGAAAUUACAUUGGAUGUUUUUUUUUUUUGACAGUACCAUCAUAUAUACUGUAUAUUAAAUGCACUUUUAUUUUUGGGAUGUUGAAAUUGUUUCUUUUCAAACGGGUUCUUAAAUAAAACAUGGAGGAAGUGUUUUGGAAGUCUGUCUGGGUUGGGAAAUUACUCAAGGGAGAGGUUUCCAAUUACGCCAUCUUGUGUGUCCUAGAGGUCAAAGAACACGUGAUAGGUGAAGGGUGAUUUUUUUUUUUCUAUUCAUAAUUUCACACAUUUAUUAUCGUUUUUCUUAUAAGCUCUUAUGGUGCUGUCACAGUGGGUGACUGAUGCCCAAAGUAUUUAAUAAAUUACUGUUUGGUACCCAUCACGGCAAAUACUUUUAGAGUUGAAUUUUACUGAGUACACAGCGAGCGCAGUACUUUUGUCCAACAUUCGUAAUUAAAUCCUUCAGAAUAAUUGGAU